AUGUCAUUCAAAUUGGUAGGAGAUCGGGUUGGAGAGAUUCGUUUACUAAAUAGACGAAGACGGGAAGAGUUACUGACUAACAACAUCCCGGAUGAUGAAGCAGUGUUGCUCAAGAAUGGCACGUACGCCUGCACGGUAUGCAAGCAUUGUCCAGUUGUUGACAGUAUUGACAUGUUGGUAGUUCACAGAAGAGGAAAGAAACACGUGGAAGCUACAAAACUAAGAAUUAAACAGAAAGAGCUAGAGAGAGACGAGAAACAGAGACGAGACCAAGAAGCUGCAUUACAGUCACUAGCCGACAGCAGUGACACGGAUGAAAGUUGUCAUUACAGCUUUGAAGAAAGUGGAAAAGCAGCAUGUACCGUUGCACCAUUACUGGAGAUGACUAGGAAAAGGAUAGGUCAUGCUCUGAUGAAGGAAACGCCAUAUUGCAGCACUGCACAAAGGAAAAGAGCAAAGGUUUCUGAAAGGCCGACAAGGUUUUUUCAACAUCAAUCUGAUCAUGAACGUGAGUGCUCAAAUAUAACUGAAAACGAUCAUCGAAAUUCUCACACAACUAAUUCUGAAGCUGCUGCUGUUAUGAUGUCAAAACCAACGGCAACUUCAAGCUAUGUAUUUCCAUGGAAUGCUGGGAUCAGUAGCCGACAAAAAUCAGAAAGAGGUCAGUCAACUGCAGCUAAGACAGGAGAACACAAUGAACAUCUCCGAUACUUGCAACUGAAGCAGUCGGGUUGGCUGCAAGAUGCUAAUGGCAAGUGGUACAAAGAUCCAGAUGUCGAGUUUGAUUCAGAUGAAGAAGAACCACCUUCGUAGUGUUGUGACUGUCCUUAGUCAUUACACAGGUACGUAGUACAGAGCAAAUUGCUUGUCUAGGAGUUGGAGUAUGAUCCAUCUCAACAUUCAUGAAAACUUAUUGCUUG